ACAUAAAUUGACAAAUAAAAUAUUUUGGCCAGUGUAAAAGAAAAGAUGGGAAAAAAUCCCAUCUUUCUUUGAACGGUCUAUCUUCUCUCAAUCCCAGUUAACUUCAUUCCCAUUUGCAUAUGGAAAAAAUCAACAUCCCGCCGCCAUUAAAGAUCUAUAAAGAGUUUUAAACCAUUAAGAAAGAAGACUUUCUUGCAGUUCUCUGUUCCCUCUGUUUUUUACUAUGGCUCUGUUUUCUUCAAUCUUGACUUCCCCACUCUCUAUAUCAACCCCAAUUCGCCAGCCGAUAAAGAUCAAAAGGCGGUUGCUUUUUCCCUUGGCUACUUUAAGUUCAUCAUCACCAUCAUCUCCUGAAUCAGCAGCAGCACCAGUUACAACUAGGCCCCUUGAUUCUUCCAAGACUCCAUCAACAACUUUUGUUGAAUCCUCAAGAACCCAUGACUCUAGUUUCAAUUAUGCACUCGCAAACCCAACUGGUAACAACCCAUUUGUUCGAUUUGUUCGCUCCACUGAAUCUAACAUUGAAAGGGUAAUUUUUGAUUUCCGCUUCUUGGCACUUCUGGCUAUAGGAGGUUCAUUGGCCGGUUCCCUCUUGUGCUUCUUAAAUGGUUGUGUUUACAUCUUUGAUGCAUACAAAGUCUAUUGGUCAAGCUGUGUUAAGGGAAUUCAUACCGGACAGAUGGUUCUACGUUUAGUUGAAGCUAUUGAUGUUUAUCUUGCUGGAACUGUGAUGCUAAUUUUUGGGAUGGGCUUAUAUGGAUUGUUUAUUAGCAAUGUGCCUCCUGAUGUUUCUCCCCAAGUUGAUCGAGCCCUGAAAGGCUCUUCAUUAUUUGGAAUGUUUGCUUUGAAGGAGAGGCCAAAAUGGAUGAAAAUAAGCUCACUGGAUGAGUUGAAGACAAAAGUAGGACAUGUUAUUGUUAUGAUUCUUUUAGUGAAGAUGUUUGAGAGGAGCAAAAUGGUAACAAUAGCAACUGGAACGGAUUUAUUAAGCUAUUCUGUUUGUAUUUUCUUGUCAUCUGCUUCUUUGUACAUCCUUCACAAUCUGCACAAGUCAGAGUCAGAGUGAGGAUGAGGAUGUUAGAUUUAGAACAGAUUGUAAUGUAAUAAUACCAUAAAAUGUAAUUAUCAUUAUUAUUUGUUUCAUUAUUGAGAUGAUAUA